CCCUGGCCAGGGAUACCGACUCAGCGAAUACCCACAUACAUUAUUCAAGACUUCGCACCGAAUACAAUUACUAAUUGGGAAAUAAAGCAGUUGAAAAAACUUGUACAGAAAAUAGGAUCACUCGCUGUUUGACUACCGGUCAUUUUGGGUGAUGUAUUCUAACAUUUGAUAUAGCUAGCCAGCCAGCUAGCUGUUUAGCUAGCUUGCAGUGCGUGACUUACAGUUAACCAGCGAGAACCGUUAAUAAUUUGAUAUUUUUCUCAGCCCUGUCAGAUAUCGUGUAUGAUAUCAGAAUAUUUACUCUGGACCGGAUAAUUUCAUGACAUACAACAGUGGCACAAAACAGCGAGUUGCUGUGUGGUCUGGCGACAGACUACCGAAUAGGUUUGAAUGAAUUAGCUAACCUAGCGAAAACACUAACCUAGGUUAACACUAGCUUCGCAUGUAGCAUAGCUGACCAGCUAGCCACAUUGGUUGAAGAUAGCGAGCUAGCAGGGUUAGAUCUUAACACUACAGGUCCGAAAACGCAUCUAGCUAAUCUGCCCAUAAGGCUAGCGAGUUAGCAAGCCAGUUAGCUAUUAUUAGCGAGCCAGUGUGAGUCAACGUUAAACGCCAAAGAGCCAGAAUCCGCAUUAGUUAGCUUGGUGGCUAGCUAGCUAGAGAGGGCUUUGGUCAUCAGUAGACGGGCAAGCAAGCGAUUACGCCUUUAACACCCACCGUCAGGCACCAAGCUGACCAUCUGAGAGUAAUUUAUUUCGUCUGAGGCCGGGGCUGAAGAAAGAAGCCAGCUAAAAUGCCGGCUGUGUCGAAAGGAGAUGGAAUGCGAGGAUUAGCGGUGUUCAUUUCGGACAUAAGGAAUUGUAAGAGUAAAGAGGCAGAGAUCAAACGCAUCAACAAGGAGCUGGCCAACAUCCGCUCAAAGUUUAAAGGAGACAAGGCUCUGGAUGGCUACAGUAAGAAGAAAUAUGUGUGUAAGCUGCUCUUCAUCUUUCUGCUGGGCCAUGACAUCGACUUUGGCCACAUGGAGGCAGUCAACCUGCUCAGCUCCAACAAAUACACAGAAAAACAGAUUGGUUACCUGUUCAUCUCAGUGCUGGUGAACAGCAACAGCGAGCUGAUCAGAUUGAUUAAUAACGCCAUAAAGAAUGACCUGUCCAGCAGGAAUCCCACCUUCAUGUGUCUGGCCUUGCACUGCAUCGCCAACGUGGGCAGCAGGGAGAUGGCCGAGGCUUUCGCCGGAGAGAUCCCGCGCAUCCUGGUGGCAGGGGACACGAUGGACAGUGUGAAGCAGUCUGCAGCCCUCUGUCUGCUGAGGCUCUACAAGACGUCCCCAGACCUGGUGCUCAUGGGAGAAUGGACUUCAAGAGUGGUGCACCUUCUCAAUGACCAGCACAUGGGUGUUGUCACUGCUGCAAUCUCUCUCAUUACCUGCCUCAGUCAGAAGAACCCAGAUGAGUUUAAAACCUGUGUGUCUCUGGCCGUGUCCCGUCUCAGCAGGAUUGUGUCCUCAGCCUCCACUGACCUGCAGGACUACACAUACUAUUUUGUCCCUGCUCCUUGGCUGUCCUGUAAACUGUUACGGCUGCUGCAGUGCUAUCCUCCACCUGAGGAUGGCGCCGUGAAAGGCCGUCUAGUCGAGUGUCUGGAGACCAUCCUCAACAAGGCUCAGGAGCCUCCCAAAUCCAAGAAGGUCCAACAUUCCAAUGCCAAGAACGCCAUUUUGUUUGAAGCCAUCGCUCUCAUCAUACACUAUGACAGUGAACCUAAUUUGUUGGUGCGGGCAUGUAAUCAGCUGGGUCAGUUCCUCCAGCACAGAGAGACUAACCUGCGGUAUCUGGCCCUGGAGAGCAUGUGCACACUGGCCAGCUCCGAAUUCUCCCACGAGGCUGUCAAAACACACAUUGAGACAGUCAUCAAUGCCUUGAAGACUGAGAGGGAUGUCAGUGUGCGUCAGAGGGCUGCUGACCUUCUCUACGCCAUGUGUGACCGUAGCAACGCCAAACAGAUUGUUGCCGAGAUGCUGAGUUACCUGGAGACAGCCGAUUAUUCUAUCAGAGAGGAGAUGGUGCUGAAGGUGGCCAUCCUGGCUGAGAAGUACGCUGUGGACUACUCCUGGUAUGUGGACACCAUUCUGAACCUGAUCCGCAUCGCAGGGGACUACGUAAGCGAGGAGGUCUGGUACCGUGUCAUCCAGAUCGUCAUCAACAGGGACGACGUGCAGGGUUACGCUGCCAAGACCGUCUUCGAGGCGCUCCAGGCACCAGCCUGUCAUGAGAACAUGGUUAAGGUCGGAGGUUACAUCCUGGGAGAAUUUGGCAACCUUAUCGCUGGUGACCCCCGUUCCAGUCCGUUGGUUCAGUUCAACCUUCUCCACUCUAAGUUUCACUUAUGUUCGGUACCCACACGUGCCCUGCUGCUGUCGGCCUAUAUAAAGUUCAUUAACCUGUUCCCUGAGACCAAGAGUACCAUUCAGGAGGUGUUACGCUCAGACAGCCAGAUCAGGAACAGUGACGUGGAGCUCCAGCAAAGAGCCGUGGAGUACCUCAAACUCUCCUCCAUCGCUAGCACCGACGUCCUGGCCACAGUGUUGGAAGAGAUGCCUCCGUUCCCAGAGAGGGAGUCGUCCAUCUUAGCCAAGCUGAAGAAGAAGAAGGGACCAGGAGCUGUGUCUGUCAGCGAGCUUGAGGAGGGAAAAAGAGAGGGAGGAGAACUCAACGGAGGAGGAGAUCGGGGAGACAGCUCCGCCAUCUCCACUCCCUCGCCAUCAGCUGAUCUGCUCGGCCUCCGUUCAGCUGCUCCCGUUGGCUCUGCUGCUCCCAGCGCCGGCAGCCUAUUGGUCGACGUGUUCUCAGAGUCGGGACCAGCAGCGCCCGCUGCCGUGAACGAUGACGGCUUCUUGAGAGAUCUGGAACCACCCACUGAGAGCUCUGACUCCCUAUUGGCUGAUCCUCCUCCUGCUGCUGCUCCUGCUGCUGUGGUGUCUGAGGAUCCUGCUCCUCCUCUGCCUGAGUCAGACGAACUUCUCAACAAGUUCGUGUGUAAGAAUAAUGGCGUUCUGUUUGAGAACCAGCUGCUUCAGAUUGGCAUCAAAUCUGAGUAUCGCCAGAACCUUGGGAGGAUGUACCUGUUCUACGGCAAUAAGACGUCAGUUCAGUUCGUCAGUUUCAGCACCACAGUCACCUGCCCGGGAGAGCUUCAUGUACAGCUGAAUGUUCAGACUAAACCAGUGGAGCCUCUGGUUGAGGGUGGCGCUCAGGUCCAGCAGGUUAUCAACAUCGAGUGUCUGUCUGAUUUCAGCGACGCCCCACUGCUAAACAUUAAAUUCAGGUACGGCGGAGCCCUGCAGAACCUCACACUAAAACUGCCUGUCACCAUCAACAAGUUCUUCCAGCCCACCGAGAUGGCCUCGCACGAUUUCUUUCAGCGCUGGAAACAGCUCAGCCAACCCCAGCAAGAAUCCCAGAAGAUCUUCAAGGCCAGUCAUGCUAUGGAUACAGAAGUGAUCAAAGCUAAGUUACUGGGGUUGGGUACUGCUCUGUUGGAGAAGGUGGAUCCUAACCCAGAGAACUAUGUGUGUGCUGGAGUGAUCCAAACCAAGGCCCAACAGGUGGGCUGUCUGCUGAGACUUGAGCCCAACGCACAAGCCCAGAUGUACCGGUUGACUCUGCGCUGCAGUAAGGACACCGUUUCCAAGCGUCUGUGUGACCUGCUCGCAGAACAGUUCUAGAACCUCGCUUCUAGGAUUUGCGCAUAGACCAUCACAUUCUAGAACCAACACCUAGACCAGCGUUCCAGAACCCCUGAACAAAGAAAUCUCCAAAAGCAUUCGUACAUAAGGGAAAACACAGCUGUCAUCCCUUGGCAGCCAUAUUACUGUCCUAUUUCUGAUAAUUAUGAUGAUGAUUAUUAUUACCGUUAUUAUUGUCAUCAGCGCUACAGUUCUUGUUUUUAUUGGUGUUUACCCAUGUGUGAGGGAUUGAGUGUGUGUGAGUGAGAGUGUGUGAGUGUGUGUGUGUGUGUGUUUGUGUGUCAGUGAGAGAGAAGCACAGGAUUGUGGUGAUAUUUCUGUUCUCCGUCCUACCUGUUAACUGAUUGAAGUUCUGUGCUUGUGUUGACAGCUAGUGUGUCGUGGGUCAGGGAGAGAAGAAAAAGCUUGCAGACAGAAAGAGAGAUUCUUCUCUCUCUCGCUCUGUGUUUGUUCAACAUUUGUCCAACAUUUCAGUCCUAAGGAAUUCCUAGGAGGACACAUGGGAGAUUUCACUCGCAUAUGCACGUUCAUACAUAAAUUCACACACACGUUCAAACACACACACACUAAUCCUCAGCUACACAUAAGCUGUGUCCGUCUAACAUUUCUUGUGACCUAGGUGAGAAAAAAAAAAAAAAGAAGAAGUUGUGAGCAGAAUGCUCCUUAUUGAAAAUUCCAGAAACAGGAAACACUUGGGAAUACACUAAAGAAAAUGGCACUUCCUUUUGUGAUAGGCCAGAAUCACUAACUCCCUCAUUCGUCCUCCUCUCUUUCCUUUCCUAUCCAAACUCAAACUGCCCCAGUCAUUAGUGUACAUAGUGGACAGCAGAUGUUCCAGGAGUGCUUCUGACAAUAUUCCAGACUGAUCCCACCACAUUCCCGUUUGAUGUAGAAAUGGCCAGUGCACUUUAAAAAAGGUUUUGAGAGAGGAGCGAUUUUUUUUUUUUAUAGAUAUAUAUAUAAAAUCUUUCCCCAUUGCCUGUCACAUAUAAACUUUAUCAUGAUUCCAUACCUGAGAAAUACACAAUGUUUAUGAACUAUAAGGAAAAAAAAUUAUGUAAAUGAUUAUGCUUCAUGGUUGCGUUUGUAUGUUUUUUUUCUGUCCCUUUGUUUUUGAUAGUGCUAUUGUUGGUGUGUUUGUACGCUUUCUGAAUGGUGUAUUGUGGGGUUGUGUUUUUUUUUUUUUUUUUUCUUUUUUUUGGACAUUCCAUUCUACGCUGAUACUAAGGGCGAAUGAGCGCUGAGCAUUGCGAUAGGUUUACAGUGUUAAAAGAGAGAAGGAGAAAGAGGGUGUGAAUGAAGGACGACAGAUGUUAAGCUGUCUGGGCAUAUGCAGAGCACAGUGGCUGUGGAGACGUGUUUGAGUCGCUCUCUCUUCUCUAGAAGUUUUUGUUUUUUUUCUCUCUCUCUCUCUCUCUCUCUC